UUUAAUUAAGCGCGGCAGCGGCUACGUUUAUUUCGCUGUUUGCGCUUGAACCGCGCGGAUGUUGAAGCUUGGAAAGAAAUUAUUGUGUACACAUGAAUCCAUCCGCACAAAGGAUGUUUAUUUGAUUCAAUUAAAGUGAUUUAAGAUUAAUGUUAUGGCACAUUCUAAUAAACAAAACAAGCAAAAAAUAUAAAAAUAAUAAAAAGCAUUAAGUGGUUGUAGAUGCUAAAAGCAAAACCUAACCUUAUCUAUCUUUGGAAUCAUAAAAAAGUCGAGCAUCAACUAAAUCGCGCAGAAUCAUACGACUUUUUUUUAUUGUUGUUGUUGUUGCUCAUAUGGUGUACUCUCGCAUUUAUAAAUUUUGCGGGUCGCGACACGGUGGUACGGCGGGCAAUGUCGUCUGGUUGUAUUAUUGAGUAAAACGCAAUAAUAGCCGCCGACACCAAAAACCAUCAAAGAGCACGGAGCCGGAGCACAAAGACGUGAUAUCAGACAUCACAACGGAGCCAGAGAGAGAGAGAUACUAACAGAGAGAACGAACAAACGAAUCGGUUGUGGGCAGCAUCAACAUUAACACACAAUCUCAUCUUGGAUUUUUGGGGUGACUGUUGGGCCAGUCCAGAUCAGGGCCGUGUAUAUACACGCACUUCCGAUCACUUGGCAGACGACUGAUCAUCAUCAACAUUAAUCCAUCUGUGUGUGAGUGUUUGAGGGAAGCCAGAGCAAGGCUAACCCCAACCAACUAGCAAACCACCCAAACAACCAUCAUGCUAUCGACUGUCUUGAACUUUGCCCAGUGCGUGGCUGAGAUUUCUUUGCUUGGAGGCAUCGAGAUUGCAUCAGUCGCUCUCAUUGUUUACUAUGUGUUUGCCAAAACUAGGGCUCCCAUCAUUAUCGCCAAUUUGUUUCCUAAUUUAAAUCUGAGCACGAUUCGCAGUGAACUUCUGGUCACGCUGCGUUCAUCCAAUGAAUCGAAACUAAAAACUGGCGUCAAGCAUGGCACAGGCACACAGAAUAUGUUGGAACUGACACCACAUUCGGGACGUCGUCCUUAUAAGAGUCUCUUUGAUUGGGGCGUUAUUUUUCCAUAUGUCGCUCAGGUUGUGCGUAGCGAAAAAUUCGAGUACCCGCAGGUGACAGGAAAUGUUCACAAUGAUGUGGUCCUUAAACAUGCCAUCAAGCAGGCGGCGGAGCAGACAUUACGGGAACAACGCUAUGCCAAAAACGGACAUCGUCUGCUCAGUCGCAGCAUUAGCGGCGAUCAGGAUGAGGAAGAGGACGCUCGAGCUGGUAUAUCGUAUCAGAAUAUUUUGAACAAACAGGAAAAGCGUGCCAUCAGCAUACUAAAGGAUAUGGGAUCCACGCUAAAUAACGCUUUACUAGCCUUCACUUCGUGGUUGCUAUACAAACUAUUGCCCUGCUUUCUAUCUGGGGUAGUUACGGAUACGAAACAGAUUCAAAUGCUGAGAACUGCCGCAGAGAAAUCACCCGGAACCCCAUUGAUAUUCGUGCCUCUGCAUCGCAGUCAUUUGGAUUAUAUUAUGGUCACAUUUAUAUUAACCAACAAUGAUAUACGCAGUCCCCUAGUAGCCGCAGGAAAUAAUUUACAAAUUCCUGUCUUUGGGUCACUGCUCCGGGGACUGGGUGCGUUCUUUAUUAAACGCAAAAUUGAUCCGGUGGAGGGCAAGAAGGAUGUCCUAUAUCGUGCUGCUCUUCAUCUAUAUCUGACUCAUGCCCUAAAGCAGGGUCACAAUGUAGAGUUCUUUAUCGAAGGCGGAAGGACCCGUACUGGUAAACCCUGCAUGCCCAAGGGUGGCAUACUUUCGGUCAUUGUGAAUGCAUUUAUGGAUGGCAGUAUACCAGAUGCCCUUCUAGUCCCAGUCUCGGUCAACUAUGAACGCCUCGUCGAUGGAAAUUUCGUGCGUGAACAAAAGGGCGAAAAGAAGAUACCAGAAUCUUUUACCAAGGCCAUUUCUGGCAUUUGGAAGGCAUUGAAUUCAAACUAUGGACUGAUGCGUAUUGACUUCAAUGAGCCCUACUCGAUACGGGAGCUUGUUAAUUCAUACAAUAAAAUUGCCCUCGAAGAUGGUUCCUCAAAGGUGUACAAGCCAGCUGCUAGAACCCUGCAGCACAAUCAAUCUACGUCCUCGCUAUAUGGCACUGACGUCGUUUGCGAGGAGCAUCGCAAUUUAAUCGACAGCAUCUCACGUCAAGUGGUGUUCGACUGUGCAGCAGCCACCUCUGUGAUGUCCACAAAUGCUUUGGCCUUCCUGCUGCUCACACGUUAUCGCCAGGGUGCCGUUGAGCAGACUUUGGCCGCUGCCCUCGAUGACCUGAGAAACUCAUUGUCUGGCUGCAAAGACAUCGGCUUUUCCGGUGAAUCUUUUCACGUAUUGGCUUAUGCCUGCGAUUUACUGGGCCCAGGUCUCGUUUCUCGAUCACGCGAUGAUAAUGGACGCAUGUUCAUACGUGCUGUGCAGUCAGUGGAGAGUUUCAUUGAACUGGCUUACUACUCGAACAUGCUAACUCCACACUUUGCACUUAGCUCCAUUCUAAUGAGCACUUACCAUGCCCUGCUGCCCCCACCAUCCACGGAGCCAGCAGCCGCGAAAGCGACAUUUGGUGUUAGUAGUAAAAAGUUAAUUGAGACUGCCCUGCAAAACUGUCAAGUUUAUCGCUAUGAGUUUAUUCUAAACAAACCCACACAAGUCUUGGAGAAUUUGCUGCAUAAACAUUUAGAUGAUCUGAUAAUGAGUGGAUGCAUAAACAAGCUUGAGGCUCAGACUGAAAUGAUUGAUAUAAGAACUCGUGGCAUGGCACGAGAUCUUUCCUACUAUCUGGAUGGCGAGGAAAAUGACUAUUAUGACGGAGCGUUGGAAGAGACGGAAACCAUCGAUUUGUUAUACGCCAGCGAAACAUUGCCACAGCAGCGUUAUAUCUGCGAGAUAUUGGCACCAUUCAGCAAUACAUAUUUGGCUGUGGCGCAGGCGCUUCAGAUACUCAAUCGGAAUUCAAUGUUGGAGUCGGAGUUUAUUAGUUUUGUGAUAAACGAUUUAACUAAAAGAGUCGAGCAAGGCAGCUGUCCCUAUGCUGAAAGCAUCUCAACGGAUUCCGUGCGUAAUUGUCUUAAACUAUUGGAGAAGUGGUCUGUGAUUGAGGUGUGCAACCAGCGUGGUAUGCGCCUGAUCUCACUUAACACCUUAUACGAAAUGUCGCAGGAGUCAUUAAAUACAAUAAUUAAGAAGAUUGAAGCAGUGGUGCCAAAGUUCAAUCAAGUUUAAUAUAUAUACAUAUAUAUUUGCCUUUUUCUUUCUUCUACACUUAAAUGUAAUGUUUAUACUCCUAGAACGUAAACACCUACACAGACCUAAAAAUUAAGUAUAGUUAUAUAAAUUCAUAAAAAAAAACAACAUCCAUACACACACACACAUUUAAGAUAUGCCAAAGCAAUGAAAGAUGAACAAAAGUCAAAAACUCUCCUCAUACAAAUAACAUAUACCUAUAUAUAUGUGUAUAUAUCGAUCUAUAUAUAUAUAUAUUUUUGCUACUCAACGCUCGCUCGCUCGCUCCACAGCUAUGAAAGCAGCAGCAGCGGCAGCCAAACAAAACAAAAUCCAUUAUUUUGUGUAAAAAUACAUUAAUGAACUGAAUUUGAUAUUAAAUAAUUUUCUUUUAUAAAACA